UAUAUAUUAAUAUAUUCUGGAGUCCUCUUAUUCUCUCUCUCCCUCUCUGAUUCCCAAUAUAUCAGAAAAUUUGCAGUAUAUGAACAAGUAUCAGCAGCAGCACUUGUCAGAGAAACACACUUAAGAUUUUAUCCGUUUUAAGUUAGUUAAGUAACAGUUCUUUACUAUCCCCAUGACAUCCCUCUCGCUUUCAAUGCUCUUCUUCUUCUCCUACUUCCAAAACCAACCUUAAAAGUAAAACCCUCUACAUCUUCUCCAGGUACCUCUACCGUUUCAGCUUCACAUAAAACUGAAAGAAAAAAAACAAGAAAGAUGAUUAGUUGGAAGGAUCUUUACACCGUUUUAACAGCGGUGAUCCCACUGUACGUGGCUAUGAUCUUAGCUUACGGUUCUGUACGUUGGUGGAAAAUUUUCUCCCCUGACCAGUGCUCUGGAAUCAAUCGUUUUGUCGCCAUUUUUGCUGUUCCUCUCUUGUCUUUCCAUUUCAUUUCCACCAACGACCCUUACGCCAUGAACUUCAGGUUCAUAGCUGCCGAUACUCUUCAGAAAAUCAUCAUGUUAUUUGUUCUUGGGUUGUGGACUAAUUUCACCAGGAAUGGAAGCCUGGAAUGGAUGAUCACAAAUUUCUCUUUAUCCACUCUUCCCAACACUCUGGUCAUGGGCAUUCCUCUAUUAAUCGCUAUGUACGGUCAGUACUCGGGAAUGCUAAUGGUUCAGGUCGUGGUUCUCCAGUGUAUUAUUUGGUACACUCUUCUUCUUUUCCUUUUCGAGUACCGUGGUGCCAAAAUACUUAUCAUGGAGCAGUUUCCGGAAACUGCAGCUUCCAUAGUUUCUUUUAAAGUUGAUUCCGAUGUUGUUUCACUUGAUGGCGGUGAUUUUCUUGAAACAGACGCUGAAAUUGGCGAAGACGGGAAGCUUCACGUUACUGUGAGGAAAUCUAAUGCUUCCAGGAGAUCCUUUGGGCCUUGUUCGCUUCCUGCAUUGACGCCGAGGCCAUCGAACCUUACUGGAGCUGAGAUAUACAGCGUGAGCUCGUCUCGGAAUCCGACUCCAAGAGGUUCGAAUUUUAACAACUCAGACUUUUAUUCAAUGAUGGGUAUUCAAGGAUUUCCUGGAAGGCAAUCUAAUUUUGGUCCAGCUGAUUUGUACUCUGUUCAAUCCUCAAGAGGACCAACUCCAAGACCAUCAAAUUUUGAAGAAAACUGUAACGUCAUGUCUCCAAGAUUUGGAUUUUAUCCAGCACAGACAGUUCCUACAACGUACCCUGCUCCAAAUCCUGAAUUUUCGUCCGUGACAAAGAACAGUAAAAACAGCCAGCCACAGCAGCAACAGCAACAACAAGAAGUUCAACAGCAGAAGGAGAAUAAUAAAGUGAAUCAUGAUGCAAAGGAAUUGCACAUGUUUGUGUGGAGUUCCAGUGCUUCGCCGGCAUCAGAAGGCGGUGGACUUCACGCCUUUGGUGGGACAGAUUUCGGAGCGUCCGAGCAAUCUGGACGGUCUGAUCAGGGAGCUAAAGAGAUCAGGAUGUUGGUUGCUGAUCACCCUCAAAACGGGGAAAACAAAACUAUGCCAGCCAGUGGUGACUUUAAUAGGGAGGACUUUAGAUUUGCUGGAAGAGAUGGGGAGGAGGAGAGAGAAAAAGAAGGGCCGACUGGACUCAAUAAGUUGGGGUCAAGUUCAACGGCUGAGCUGCACCCUAAAGCCGCCGGAGCACCGGAUUUGGUUGGUGGCAAACAAAUGCCCCCGGCGAGUGUAAUGACCCGCCUGAUCUUGAUCAUGGUCUGGCGCAAGCUUAUCCGAAACCCCAACACAUAUUCCAGCCUCAUUGGUCUUGUUUGGUCCCUAAUUGCAUUUAGGUGGCAUGUGAGUAUGCCGAAAAUAAUAGAGAAGUCUAUCUCCAUCCUGUCAGAUGCUGGACUAGGAAUGGCCAUGUUUAGCUUGGGUCUGUUCAUGGCUCUGCAACCCAAGAUCAUCGCUUGUGGGAACAAGGUUGCCGCCUUUGCCAUGGCAGUUAGGUUCUUGACCGGUCCGGCUGUCAUGGCUGCCGCUUCAAUCGCAGUAGGGUUGCGCGGCACACUCCUCCGCAUCGCCAUUGUUCAGGCCGCUCUGCCACAAGGAAUUGUACCGUUUGUGUUUGCCAAAGAGUACAAUGUUCACCCGGCAAUUCUCAGUACUGCGGUUAUCUUUGGGAUGCUGAUAGCAUUACCGAUAACGCUCGUGUACUACAUUCUUCUAGGAUUGUAAAGUUUUUUCUUCCACGGUAAGCCAUAAGCCAGAAUUUGAGGGGAAUUUACGAUACGUGUGUUCAGGUUUGGGGCCAAUGAUCACGAUCGGAUUACGUUAACAUGAGGAUUUUCCGGCAAAGAAGAUUUUCGUACAAAAAAUUUGCCAAAGGUUCCAAAAUUUUUGGAGCUAUCUCAGCUAUGAUAUUUUACCUAGUGAUUUUCCCCUGAUAAAAGGAUCAUGCCCCCAUUAAAAGCCAAGUCUAUCCAACUUCCUAUAGUUUUGAAAAGAAGAAAAUAAGGCCAAUCCAGGAUAAAGGAGACAUUGAAGAGGAAAACGAGGGAAAAAAAAGGUGGUCACAUGAUAUUUAAUUCUCUUCAUCUCCGUUAUGUUUUGUUGUAAAGCUCCAUUUCAAAGUUGAAAUGUCUAUAUUGCAAAGCGACAAGGGAUCGAUAUGAUUCAUGAAAUGUAAUAAUAGUAUUUAUUUCUUUUGUUCCUAGUGUUGGUUUUUGAUUGUCCGUAGAACCGGCAAUUAUUUGCGUUUGUCGUCUUUCUUUGGUUUGUAAUUUGUAUAGGAUAUUAUGAUUAGAAAAAAGAUUGAA